UCGUGCGUUGUCUACGUAAUCGCGUGUUCGGCAUGCAAAGAUCACCGCAAUGUUUAUCAGCAUUUCCAUUUAGAUCUCGUUCUGGUGUUCGCAGGGCGUCUGAUGAGCUUGCAAAGUCAUACGCAUUGCUCUAAAACUGGGCUUGCUUGUGCGCUUUGAUCUCCUCUAUUAUGGUAAUGAAUGGGGUGUGUGAUUGUUGAUGCCCGUAAGUAACUUGUGACUUCUUCGGCUAUCAUCCCUUGUUCUCUUCUCGCAUCCCCAUUUUUUAUAUAUAUCGUCGUCGUUUUCAUGUCAUUCCUCUAUAUAAACCGCACUCCACUCCUCCAAACUCCCCACAUCCUUCAUACCAUUACAUUGCAGUGAGCUUGAGUUUUCCAAUACGAAAUGGGGUUCAAGACACUCUUCGUAGUUGCUUUGGCGCUCAUGUCGAUCCUCGGGAUCGCCGAGAGCUUCGACUUCCACGAGAGGGACCUGGCGUCCGAGGACAGCCUGUGGGACCUGUACGAGCGGUGGCGGAGCCACCACACGGUGUCCCGGAGCCUCGAGGACAAGCAAAAGCGGUUCAACGUGUUCAAGCAGAACGUCAUGCACGUGUACUGGGUGAACCUGCAGGACAAGCCCUACAAGCUGAAGCUCAACAAGUUCGCUGACAUGACCAACCAUGAGUUCAGGAGCUUGUAUGCGGGGUCGAAGGUCGGCCACCACAGGAUGUUCCGUGGUGUGCGGUGCGGCUCUGAGAGCUUCAUGUACGAGGAGUUCACUCCGGUGCCCCCGUCCGUCGACUGGAGGGAGAAAGGCGCAGUCACAAACGUCAAGGACCAAGGCCAAUGCGGUAGUUGCUGGGCAUUUUCGACCGUGGCAGCAGUCGAGGGCAUCAAUUACUUGAAGACGAACAAGCUCUUCUCUCUUUCUGAGCAAGAGCUGGUGGACUGCGACACCACACAAAACCAAGGGUGCAAUGGCGGGCUCAUGGAUUAUGCAUUUGAGUUCAUCAAGCAAAAGGGAGGCAUCACGUCCGAAUCAAAUUACCCUUACCUAGCUACCGAUGGGACCUGUAACGUUGCCAAGGAGAAUUCUCCGGUUGUGUCGAUCGAUGGACACGAAAAUGUACCGGUCAACGACGAGGAUGCGUUGCAGAAGGCGGUCGCUAAUCAGCCCGUUUCUGUGGCCAUAGAAGCAAGCGGUUCAGAUUUUCAAUUCUACUCUGAGGGUGUAUUCGCUGGAAACUGUGGCACGGAUCUAGAUCACGGAGUCACGAUCGUCGGCUAUGGGAGCACCCUCCAGGGAACAAAAUACUGGAUUGUGAAGAACUCAUGGGGUCCGGAAUGGGGCGAGAAGGGCUACAUAAGGAUGGAGCGCGGCAUCGCUGCUAAGGAAGGGCUUUGCGGCAUAGCCAUGGAGGCCUCAUACCCCAUCAAGAACUCCUCGACUAAUCCCGUCGGAGUUUCAUCUCCUGUUAAGGAUGAACUUUAGGCAAUGAGUCAAGAUUGAUUACUGAUCAAGUUUCUUGGCUUUCAUUCGUUACCUCUGUUUGAAGUGGGCAUGUCGUGUGUCCACAUAGACACAAAUAAUGUCUGCACCCAAUGAUUCCACAAUACGUGUUUAUAGGUCUCAUAUGCAGCAAGAUAUAUUGGUCUUUCCUAGAAUUGUUUCUACUUAAAUGAUGCAAGAUCUACGAUGAUUAAAUUC